AUGCGUGCGGUGAUCCAACGCUGCGCGAGCGGAUCGGUGAGAGUGCGCGCGAGCGGAGUUACACGAGACAUAGCGCGCGGGGCCGUCGUGCUGGUGGGAAUCGCGGCCGAUGACGACGAUGACGACGUGGAGUUCAUCGUGCGAAAAGUCUUCAACACAAAACUUUUUGAUGAUGUCGACGGCGACAAGUCCUGGGCGCGCUCUAUCGUGGCGAUCGAGGGAGAUGUUUUGUUCAUAUCGCAGUUCACCUUACACGCGGAGUUGAAAGGGAACAAGCCUAGUUAUCACCGCGCUAUGGCGCCAACGGCGGCGCGGGAGCUGUAUGAAAGAUUUUUGACUCGAGCGCGUUCAGAGUACAAAGACAAGGUUGGCAAGAUUGAAGACGGCGAGUUCGGGGCGAUGAUGGACGUGCACAUCGUUAACGAUGGGCCGGUGACUAUAGUCCUAGAUUCGAAGAAUAGAAAUUGA